AUGGGGUUUGGGACAGGGGACUACAUUAAGGUCCAAGUCUACAUGCAGGGACAAGAAGCCUUCUUUCCUAGGUGUAUGUCCUUAAAAGAUGUCAUUUUUCACUUCAAGAAAAUAUUAGUGCCCCCAAAGCUUCCUCCAGCAGUCAGUCCUGACAGUGCACGAGGUAUGUACAGGCUUGGGAAGCCCUUCAGAUACAGCUUCUGUGGCAAAGGCUUCAGCCACAGAGCCAAUCGGCUGCCUCACGAGCAGAUCCACACAGGAGAGAAGCCCUACAUGUGCUCUGCUUGUGGGAAGUGCCAGUCAUCCAAUUCCUUCUCCACAUGA